UAAAGUAAAAUGUCUUGCAAGGGUUUAGCAAAAGGCAAUCAGUCGCAAUCUGGACGUCAACAGAGGCAGACCUGCUUACCUUCCGUUGAAGCGCUUGAUCCAUCAUGUCGAUAUAUGAUAAGCUAUUGCUGAUUAUUUUGUUUAUUGGCGUUGGAGCCGUGAGCGCCCAUCGUUUCAACUCUUUAACUAAUGACACGGACCGCGAAGGAAAGCUACUGUCCCUUUUUCAAAUUGUCAGAUUUCCCAAUGAACCGUGCGUUGCAGCGGCCAGCAAAAAUGGAACUUGCUACACAUCUGAUGAGUGCACCUCCAAAGGUGGAACCAAAUCGGGCAGUUGUGCUCAAGGAUACGGCGUCUGCUGCACUUUUACCGCCACCUGUGGAGCCACAUCAUCCGAAAAUUGCACCUACUUUGAGUCAGGUGGCGUCGAUGCCGGCUCUUGUAAAUUAGAAAUCUGUCCCUGCGGUGGCAACAUUUGUCAGCUUCGUUUGGAUUUUGACCAAUUCCUAAUUGCGGGCCCUUCCACGUCCUUGGUAGCUGUCAGCAAUCACAAAGAGGGUGUGGUUGGAGCGGCGGCAGCCACCAAGCCUGUUACCUUGGCUUCUCGUUGUCUAACGGAUACUUUCUCAGUGACCUCGCCUACCGGACAAUCUCCACCCUCCAUUUGUGGCAUCAACACCGGCGAGCACAUGUACGUGGAUUCUACCUCUGCUUGCAACGAACUUGUUUUUCAAUUGGGUAGCAAUUCUGCAGUUCGACAGUGGAGCAUCAAGGUUACCCAAUACUCCUGCGGCUACCCCAAUUUGGCUCCAGAUGGAUGUACACAAUAUUUUUUUGGAUCCAACGCGGACACGAUUCAGACCUACAACUUUGCUGGAGGACAACACUUAGCCAACCAAGACCAAAACAUCUGUAUUAGACGCGAACGCGGAAAUUGUCGUAUUUGCUACUCGGCAGAUUUGCCCACGGACUUCAUGACAUCAGGCAAGGAAUUGAAAGCAAUCGGAAAGCCUUCCGAAUGUUGCGCUUACGGAGCCACGGGGGCUGGGAGUCAAUUUGAUUGUCUCAUUAUCCCGGGAGCUCUAAACCCCACCAUGUUGUCCAAGCAGGGAAUGUUCGAUGAGUUUUGCGGACGUUCUGCCGGAAUUCAAAAUACGGGCGAGUCCGUUGGUGCAGAUCUUAACAAAACGGUUUGCAGUGCCCGACAGCCCUUCAGUGUUCGCUUCUUGUCCGAUUCCUUUGAAGUUGAAGAAGAAAUUGGAUUCGGUCCUAUGGUGGGCUUUAAGUUGUCCUAUCUUCAAACCAGCGGAGGUUGUUAGAAUUAAAACAGCAAUCCCUCAUUGACCACUGCCUUGUCUGCCCGUCCUAGCAACUUUCAAACCCCAAACCAAUGUUAUCGAUUGACAGAAGGUUGAAGCGUGUUCAAUUUUAAUUUAGGUUAUCUGCAUCACCAAAUGUGUAUCCACUGACUGUCUCAAUAAACAUGUAUGUGUAA